CAGGAAGAAGCAGUCUGUUGCCUUUGCUCCACUACUCCUCUCCCCAUGGCGUGUUUGAAACAGCCUGUCCGCCUCUGUGUGCACGUAUAGUCACAUUUGCUGCUGUGUGUCUGUCUGUUUCAACCAUGUCUGUAGUUAAAACGUGUUUAAGACUGUUCCUGUUCGCCGCAGUCACCGUCCUCGCCGUGCUGCUGCUGCGGCAUUGGAUGGCCACCAAACAGUACGUUUUCAACAAGGAAGACGUCGCCAAAUUAGCCAAACAGUACGCAGGACAGGACCAUGAGCAGGCCUUCUCCAAAGUGGUGGUGGAGCUCAGGAAGAGGUAUCCUGGCCAUAUCCUGCCAGAUGAGGACUUGCAGUGGGUGUUUGUGAACGCCGGAGGGUGGAUGGGCUCCAUGUGCGUCCUCCACGCCUCACUCACAGAGUACCUGCUGCUGUUUGGUACUGCAGUGGACACAGGAGGACACUCAGGUCGGUACUGGGCCGAAAUUUCUGACACCAUCAUAUCCGGGACCUUCAGACAGUGGAAGGAGGGGACGACCAAGAGUGAAAUAUACUACCCAGGUGACUCCAUCGUACAUGGUGUAGGUGAGGCUACAUCAGUCCAAUGGAGCGCUGGCACGUGGAUGGUGGAGUACGGCAGAGGCUUCAUCCCCUCCACGCUUGGAUUCGCUCUGGCAGACACCCUGUUCAGCACUCAGGACUUCAUCACAUUGUUCUACUCCAUACGUGUGUAUGUCAAGGGUAUGCUGCUCGAGGCGGGUACACUACUUACAGAGGCCGGGGUUUUCUGAGGCUUGGAUGCCCGCAGAGGAACAGUAAGCAUCUGACCACUAACAUCUAGCACGGGGGAUAUUCCAUACUACGCUAUUCAAGUUCAAAUACUUUUACCUGGAAUUGUUGACAAUCUAAAUUUGCAUCAGUACACUACAUUCAAGUUCUUGCCUUUUGUCAAGUCAAAAAAUAAAGUGCUAGAGUUCCAUUCGCUUUAUCUUGUGACAUCAGACUGCAUAAAGAACAGUGCAACAUUUACCACCGACUUCAUAAAGGCUGCACCACUGCACGAGUCCCUCUGUGAUACUCGGAAUCUUACGUUACAAAAUAAGCAUUCCUCUGAGAGCUCAAACUGCCUAUGUAGUCUGUGAGGUCUCCAGUAGGUUUUUUUUAAGAUCUGGCCUAAAGUCUGGAGCCCCAAAGACCUUUUUUGCAAGUAGUUUGCCAAAUUUGAGAUUCUUAUUCUGGCUAUAGUGAGAUAAUAUCUGAAACCAGGCUGUUGAGUAUAAACUCUCUAGCAAUCAAUCAUUUCUUAAAAUAAGCAUUGAUCCAAAAAUUCAGAAGCUGUGAUUAAAAACGAAAAAAGGAUAGCAAAGUCACAAACCAAGGAAUAACUUUCAAAACAAAUAUGCAAUGCUUAAUUUGGCUUGUAAGACAAAUUCAAAACAUAUCAUGUAAAGCCAAAGCACACUAUUUUCUUAGUAAAUACCCAUGUCAUAUUCCUAUGCAUGUGGAUUCUCAGUAAAUGAGGAUCUAACUUAAUUAAACCAAUUGCAGAAACCAGCAUCAAGAAGCGAAUUUACUCCAAAGUUCAAGCCUCUGUUGACUUUUGGCUCUAUUCCCUCACUCAUGGUUGAUGAUCUGUUUAUGAUAUAUAUUUUUGAAAAUGUCAAAAACCUGCGGGGAUAUAGUGAAAGAGUACUGCCUGGAUGAUGUGUGUGCAAUGUGGAUCAUUUUUCUGUCUCAGUUUGAGUCAUGGUCAGGUUUAUACCAGCUCAGAGACAGCAGUGCUUUAACGAUUCUAGACACUCUGUCAUGAUGUGUGCUUGACUGCAUCAGAGUUACUGUGCAACAACAGACUGCAAUUUUUACAUUUCUUCUCAAAACUCAAACUUUUUGAGGCUUAAUGUGUACGGGUUUGGUCCUUUUUUCUCUCUUGUAACUUGGAUAGAAGGUUAUCCAUUAAGUUCAAUAACAGUUGGCACCCUGUGAUAUUUUUUCAAACUGUAAAGCAGUAAAUUUACUCCGCAUAUUGUA